AUGAGUAACGGUCAACCAGAAAUGGAAACCUUUUGUUUUGAUUUAAAAAAAAAAACUCUUCCCCUUCCGAGAAUUCCAACAAAUAUCGUAUAUUAUAAGCGUCAAUUACGUAUUUACAACCUUGGUAUCCAUAGCGGCAAAGAUAACAAAGGUCAGUGUUAUGUUUGGAUAGAAGGUGAAGCUGGUCGGAGAGCCCAGAAAGUAGGCAGUUGUCUUAAGAAACAUAUUGAAGAAAAUGACAUAGAAAACCGUAAGAUAAGCUGGCUUAAAACAAGAGAAAUUGAAAUAAGAAAGGAUAAACCACUGAGUAUUUUUAUGAAAACUGAUUUUAACACUAGUGAAGUUGAAGUAGAUCUUCACAAGAAACUUCAAAAAGGACGGCCCGUUGCAAUGCAAUCCCUAAGUAACCACUUGAUUCCUCUUUGGCCCACAGGCAAGCCACUUUCUGUGCCUAAGCUUAACGACUUAAGAUUUUUAAUGCACCUAAUACCAAAUGAUGCAAAACCUCUGUAUCGCUCCCUUUUCAGUAACAAUACAGUAGAAGAUGACAUUGACGGAUUUGAUGGAGACUUAGACUUUGACAUACGAGAUGAGUAA